AUGGCUCUCACCUUCCUUGUGCCAAAGGACCUGAGUGAGCAAGAGAGGGAGCUCAUCAAGGGGCUACUCGUCCUAAAGUAUAUCGUUAAGGAGAAAGCCGAUCCCGUCGAGAUCACUACCGACAUGACCGAGUGCUACGGAAUCAGUGUCGUCGACCUCUACCUCAUCACUCGCACAGAGGCUCGCCUCCGCCGUAAGCUCUUCUUCAUUGACACCCGCAUGCGCGGAGCGGUCGACAUCCCCAAGAUCACCGCCCACAUGUGGACUAUCCCGGAGGACGAUGAUGACUACCUCGCGUGUCGCGCUGGACCGACCAAGAAGGCUUCAAUACUUCGCAACAUCAAGAAGACCUUGGGCUCUGCGCACCGCGGGUUCCGCCAGAGAGAGUGCUACGACUUGGCACCAGGCCACCCAGGUCCUUCAUUGACUCGCGUGCCCUCCCCAUCCUUCUUCAUCCACGAGCUCAACUGCGUCACCCGGCUUGGAACUGGCCUCCUUCCGAAGUUGCCGGAGUGGCUCAAGCAGAUGAGUGAGUCCUAA